AUGGACGACUUCCGGCUAGGGGAGGAAGAAGUCGUCGAUGUUCCGCUCCUUGGCGAGGGAUUCGGAGGAGGAUCGGCGAUGAGAUUGCUUCUGGCGGCGGAGGGAUUUGGCCUCGACCUCGCGUUUCUCCUCGUCGCGGAAGUGCAGGAGGCGCUUCGAUUUCGGAGCGGCUUGAAGAAUUUCUCGCAGUCGAUGUCCUCCGCGAGGCUCUGUCACUUUUUUAUAAGCUUCUUCUUAAGGAUGUCCAUGGUUUUUGAUGCGGGGCUCGGGUAUGUGGAGGAAGGAGGGCUGAGGCUGAUUUUGUAA